AUGAGAGCCUCCAAGGUAAAGAGCCAGAGGGGCCCUUCAAAGAAAUCACAGCCCCUCGACCCGGUCGAUCUAAGCAGGCGCCUGAAUAUCGUCAUUGCGGAGCGACAACUCGAAGAUUUGCAGCUAGGCAAGAAGCCGCAUGAAUCAGAACCGGACCUGCUCAAGUCCCGGCGCACACACGACGUGCGCAGCAAAAAGACCGCCCCGCCUCCACAGGACGGCAACAAGAGGUCCUCCCUCCUUACAGCCCCAAAGACGUCAACAAGAUGGGUCUUCCGGACAAAGCCCGUGGCCGACCCCUCCCCCCACGAUUCGACCGACUCCAGCGCAACGUACGUCCACGUCCCACGGCAGCCCAACGUGCCAUCUCAGCGCACCGCCACCAUAAGGGCGGCGCGGAACCAGCCAGGCGCGAGGCAGGAUAGCGAGGGGCUCGGACAAGCAGAUAAAUAUUCUGUGGUGCUGGAGGAAUGCUCCAGUGAGCCCGCAAGAGGGCGAUCGGGUGAUGCCAAGGAGCACUGUCCACCAGAUUGGACGCAGGUUGAUUCAGCAGGGCCGAAACCGCGGCGGCUGCAGCUACUCAAACGGAUGAGCCCGAUUGCUGUGCUCAAGUUGAGACUCGGGGGCGACGGCCCCGAGAUUGAACAGGUGGCCAAGGUUGCGCGCACUCGAUGCGACACCGCGAUGGAUGGGAGUCAAGCAGCAAUGAACAGGAAAUCCGGAGUCUUCUCGAAACUGCUGGCGCAUUAG